CCCCCCCCCGGCACCAUGGAAGACGAAGAGCUCGAGUUCGUGGAUGAGAUGGACACCGUCCUGCAGUUCAGCCCCGAGGUGCAGCUGGCCAUCGAACAGGUGUUUCCUAGUCAGUGUCCUCUGGACAGAGCGGAUUUUAAUGCUGUGGACUACAUCAAUAGCCUCUUCCCAACAGAACAAUCCCUGGCCAACAUCGAUGAAGUUGUGAACAAAAUCCGGCUGGAGAUAAGGAAACUGGAUGACAACAUUCGCACAGUAGUGAGGGCUCAGACCAACGUGGGGCAGGACGGAAGGCAAGCCCUUGAAGAGGCUCAGGUGGCCAUCCAACAACUCUUUGGCAAAAUAAAAGAUAUCAAAGACAAGGCUGAAAAAUCAGAGCAAAUGGUCAAAGAAAUCACACGUGAUAUUAAGCAGCUGGAUCAUGCCAAGCGCCACCUGACCACCUCCAUCACUACACUAAACCACCUGCAUAUGCUGGCAGGAGGAGUGGAUUCCCUGGAGGCUAUGACUAGGAGGAGACAAUAUGGAGAAGUCGCUAACCUCUUACAGGGAGUCGUCAAUGUCCUGGAGCACUUCCACAAGUACAUGGGAAUCCCGCAGAUUCGGCAGCUUUCAGAAAGAGUAAAGGCUGCUCAGACAGAAUUAGGACAGCAAAUUCUGGCAGAUUUUGAAGAAGCUUUUCCUUCACAGGGGACCAAGAGGCAUGGAGGACCCAGCAAUGUCCUGCGUGAUGCAUGUCUGGUCGCUAUUGUUCUGGACCCCAGAAUCAAACAAGAAAUCAUCAAGAAAUUCAUUAAGCAGCACCUGUCAGAGUAUUUGGUGCUAUUUCAGGAAAACCAAGACGUGGCCUGGCUAGACAAAAUCGACAGACGCUAUGCCUGGAUUAAGCGCCAGCUUGUGGACUACGAGGAAAAAUAUGGGCGUAUGUUUCCUCAGGAGUGGUACAUGACUGAGCGGAUUGCCGUAGAAUUCUGUCAUGUCACAAGGGUGGAACUCGCCAAGAUCAUGUGCACCCGUGCUAAAGAAAUUGAAGUGAAGCUGCUUUUGUUUGCCAUUCAGAGGACGACAAAUUUCGAAGGACUGCUGGCUAAGCGCUUCUCGGGCUGCACCUUGUCUGACGGGGCCCCGAAAAAACUGGAAGCCCCAACUCCUAACACCAACCCAUUCUUGGAAGAUGAAUCUGGACUUGAGAUGGAAGAACUGGUCUUGGAGAAAGGGGACUUGGACCAACCAAAGAAGCCUAAAGUUCCAGAUAACCCUUUCCAUGGCUUAAUUUCCAAAUGUUUCGAACCUCAUCUCAACGUGUAUAUCGAGUCCCAGGACAAAAAUCUCGGUGAACUGAUCGAUAGAUUUGUCGCCGAUUUCAAGGCCCAAGGCCCCCCGAAACCCAACACGGAUGAAGGAGGAGCGGUCCUCCCCAGCUGUGCUGAUCUCUUUGUCUAUUACAAGAAGUGUAUGGUGCAGUGCUCACAGCUAAGCACUGGUGAGCCCAUGAUUUCCCUGACCAUCACAUUCCAGAAGUACCUCCAGGAAUACGCCUGCAAAAUUCUCUCGGGAAACCUACCCAAGAUGACCAGCAGCAGCGGAGGGCUGACCAUCAGCAGCCUUCUCAAGGAGAAGGAAGUUUCCGAAGUGGCCAAGUUCACCGUAGACGAACUCUGCCUGAUCUGCAGCAUCCUGAGCACAGCAGAAUACUGCUGGGCCACGACCCAGCAGCUCGAAGAAAAACUCAAAGACAAAGUUGAUGCAAGUUUAAUGAAAAGAAUCAACCUGUCAGGAGAGAGAGAGACAUUCAGCACGGUAAUCACCAGCAGUAUUCUUUUGCUGGUUCAAGAUCUCGAUGCGGCUUGUGACCCUGCCCUUACUGCAAUGAGCAAGAUGCCGUGGCAGAAUGUGGAGCACGUGGGUGACCAGAGUCCUUAUGUCACCUCAGUGAUUCUCCACAUUAAACAGAACGUCCCCAUCAUCCGGGACAACCUGGCCUCUACUCGGAAGUACUUCACCCAGUUCUGUAUUAAGUUUGCCAACUCUUUCAUCCCCAAGUUCAUCAACCAUCUGUUCAAGUGCAAACCAAUUAGCAUGGUGGGAGCGGAACAGCUGCUGCUCGACACGCACUCCCUGAAGAUGGUCCUGCUGGACCUGCCCUCCAUCGGCUCCCAGGUGGUAAGGAAAGCUCCCGCCAGCUACACCAAAAUUGUCGUCAAGGGCAUGACCCGGGCUGAGAUGAUCCUCAAGGUGGUGAUGGCCCCUCACGAGCCGCCUGUGGUGUUUGUGGACAACUACAUCAAGCUUCUUUCCGACUACAACACCGAGACCUUCCAGAAGAUACUCGACAUGAAGGGGCUCAAGAGAAGCGAGCAUAGCAGUAUGUUGGAACUAUUCCGCCAGAGGCUACCUGCUCCCCCCUCGGGGCCGGAGGGCACCAGCGCCCUGUCACUGAUGACCCCAACUCCUGAGCAGGAGUCUUCCCGGAUCCGCAAGCUGGAGAAGCUCAUCAAAAAACGACUGUAGGGAAGCGGGCGGGAUGCGUUCGGGCCCCACCAUCGAGCCUCCAGCAGCCCGCUCUCCUAGAGACCUGGGGGCCUCCCCCGCCCUUCACUGCUCCCAGCCCUCAGGCCCGGCUCACCCCACAGCGUUUCACUGGAUGCCUCGGACUCACACUGGUGGGAAAGUGAGAUGGAUGGGUCCGGCGGGGCAGGGCCCUGGGUGGAGAGGAGGCAGCGGGUGGCUUGUCUCACUGACAUCCGCCGUAGAUCAUCACUGGGGCCCGGCAGCGGGGGAUGCUGGUAGGGCAUGAGGGAGAGGAGGGUGUCGUGUGGUUCACCGGGGACUUUUGGGCCAAAAGAGACUCCCCAGGGCCCCGGUCUGGCUGGUGACAUUGCCUAUCCCUGCCUUCUAUUCCGCCCCCCCACCAUUCUGAGACCCCGGAAGCCCCUCUGGGGUGAGAUUUCCUCCCCUGCCUGGGACCCAGCUCGGGGCGAUAGACCCCAGGACCUGUGUGACCCCUGCCAUUUUUGCUGUAGGCAGGAGCCCAGGGAGGCACCAGAGCACCCUCUGCAUUGCUUUCUCGGGCAGAUUGAUGACAGCAGGUUGCUUUGGUUCUCUCCAUCUGGUGGACGUGGCUUCUCCCGAGGCGACCACCUCAAGCCUUUCGGUUCUGGACUUUUCUCCUUCCCACCUCUCCCCUCCCCACCCGUACCCCCCAACCCAGGCCACGGAUGGUGCCGAACUCUGAGAAGCUUGGUCGGAGACCCGCAGGGAUGGGCAGGGGGAGCAGUGGAGGGUGUGAUGGCAGGGGCUGUGCACGGCACACCCCGCCUCCUCGGGGUGGCCUUCCUGCCUUCCCCGUUGUCCCCAACCGGGCAAGGGCAUCCCUGUGGUAGUUGAGGGAGUUGGAGGGCUUCCUUGUGAUGCGGGAAGGACGGGAUAUUGCCUGGGGGGGGCCUUCCCGGCAUGGCCGGGGGAGGGUGGUCCACCGAGGCAGCCUCUAUCUAAUGAAGCCAUUUCAGAGCCAAGGCAGCACACAGACUCCCAGUGGAAAGAAGGGAGACGGAAUAACAGUUAGCCACAAUGACGGUUGUCCAGAGGAGGCCACCUGGGGAAUCCCAACCAGGGAAACAAAGCUUGGGUAACUGAACUGGAUUAUGCGGUGCCUCUCCGAGGAAUCCAGACAAGUCUGGGCCAGCCUCUUCAACUCAUUCAGAUAAUGAGCUUCCUCUUGGACAUUGAAGGGUAACUUCACAAUCUGAAUAGAGGUGACUAGAAGUGAAUCCCCUCUUGGUGGGGGACACGGGGGAAGACUGAGGGGACCAGCUGGUUGGACCCCCCGGGAGGUUGGUCUGGAGUCCCCGGGACCGUCUCCGGACUGCCCCGGUAACCUGACCAAGUGACGCUCGGCCUGCCCACGGGGCUGGAACCUGGUAAGGACAGUCCGGUGGUUCCCAGGGAUUUUUGAGCCAAGGCAAAACUCCCGGUUCAUUGGCGGGCCAGUUCCUGGGGCCAAGGAAGGUAUGUUGCUCCCUAGCAGCAGAAGCAGUGCAUUCUUUGUUUAAUUGGCAUCUUUAUUGGGCGGGAGCAGAAGAGGCUGGGAAACAGGGCUCUGGGAAGAAGAGAAACAUCCCACGGGCAUUCAACACGCCAGCUGCUCAACUUGAUUUGGGACAACUUAACCCAUUAACCCAGCAGCUAGAUCUUGAUGAUGACAGAAAAAUUGAGAAUUCUCUGCCAUCAUGCAGGGAAGAGAGUUCCGAAAGAAUCUGGGGAAGUGAUUACCUUCAGUUUCAGCCUUUCCCCAGCGCUCCCACCGGACUUUCCUGGCCUCGGCCCCCCCGGGAAGUUAGGGAGAGGUUCUCCCCAGGCUCCAGGUGCUGGAUCUGAUUUCAUUUGUAGCUUUCAAGAUGCUUUGACAUUAGGGUUAAAUUGUGUGUCGGGCAUCACGCGUGCAAGGGAGGCAGAGGAUGACCAGUGCUGAAGGCGUGGUAUUCGUCUGCCUCCUGUUACGUGCGGAAAGGCGGUGGGUACCCGGAAAGCUUCAGGCCUGUCGGGUUGAUUUUGGAGUGCCCAUUUUCACUGGGAUUGGCACUCAGUCAUCUGCCUAGGCUACUCGGAGUUUAUGCUUGCAAGAAUCAUCAGCGUCUCCCCACCUAAUUCCUGCCUGUGGGUCAUUCUGAUCAGAAACCCGUCCCCUUCCAUCCCACCACCCUAGUCCACUGUCUCAGGAGCAGGUAUCACCCCGUCCUGGGCUAAACAACGUGGUAGAGUCACUGCGGUUCCCCAGGGUGGCUCUCUUUUGGCUGAAGCAUUUCGGAGGUGCUGCUGGCCAGGACCUUUGUGGGCACCCACUUCCUCAAAUUUCUCCGAACCUAGUGGGCUCUGACACCUAGAAAUGUUGAAUGUUGACUUCCCAAACUUCUGCCUCAUUAGAAACUCCUCCCAGAGGUGGGAGUUGAAAAGCUGGUGGGUGCGAGGCCUCGCACCCUGGAGUCAGAGUGCGCCCGUGGUUAGGGAGCAAAGCGAGAGAGCCUGAUUGCUCUCUCCAAGUGCCAGCACGGUGACAUCUCUUAACCGGUGACUGACUAAUGGUUCUAAUUUACGACCAGGAUUGUUACAGGAAAUACUGAAUGAAGUGACCCCGAAAUAACUGCGGAUAUGACACUCGUGAACCUGCCAAAGAGGUACUGACAUAGAGUUUCACUUCCCGAGUGGCUGAAUAUGGGUGCUGUAUCUGGCGUCCCUACCUCUAAACAGCCAACCCAAAAUACUACUCACCCCUUCUCUCCCAAAGGUCCCAGUUUCCUCCCACAAGAACCAGUUUGGGGUUGGAUACAUGAUAAAUGACGGGCCAUUGACCCAAACCCACAGGCUGCCCAGGUGACUGCCGGCUCUGGUGACCCAAACUCAUACAGCCCAAGGGCGACAUUUGACAGCUGGCUCUUUGGGCACUGCCGACCAACUGAUGGGAUCAUCAUCUCCCUAUAGACCCAGGAAAGUUGAAAAUUCUCCCCUGUGAUUUCCAGUUCUGCUUCCCAGAAAGAUUAUGUAAAACGGUUUCUCUGCUAGUUGAAUGUGAACAAUUCCCUCUGCUUUGCAUCGCAAAAAGCUCUUCCCAUUCAGAUUCCAGGGAGCGAGAUGUGGAUGGAAUCUUUUGGGCAGUUUGAAAUAACUUCAGGAAGUGCAGGCUUUGUGGAAAACCCUCCCCGGGGAACGACUGUCUCUGCAUUUUAUACAUAAGAUCAUUCCGACCCUGUUUGUGUAUUUACUUCUGGGACGCUAGGUGCUAGACACCUGGGUAAGAUGUAAAUUUCCGUAAAAUAGAAAAAUUGCAUUUUUGUGUACAUGUCUUUAUGGUUCCCAUCUGGAAAUGAUUUUCUGAUGUAAAUUGGAAUGCGGCACUACAACUGAUUAAAAUGUUACUGCACAUCCCUAAAA